AUUCAAAAUUUCCCUGUUGUAUAUAAGUUGGUUCCGGCUGUUGCCCUUCUUAUUUUCUCGAUGUGGGGUGUAGUGCCACUUGUUCGUCAAGGAAGAAACCAACUAUUCAAUAAGAGUGAUAACAACUGGAAGAAGAGUAGUACGUACCAUGUUAUGACUUCGUAUAUUCAACCUCUGCUGCUGUGGUUAGGAGCCUUAUUCAUCUGCAGAGCGUUAGAUCCUGUUGUCUUACCCACUGAAGCAAGCCAAGUUGUGAAGGACCGGCUUUUGAAUUUCGUGAGAUCAUUGUCAACUGUACUAGCUUUCGCUUACUGCUUGUCGAGUCUUAUCCAACAAACCCAGAAGUUGUUCACAGAGACAAGUGACCCGAAUGAUACAAGAAAUAUGGGAUUCCAAUUUGCGGGGAAAGCCAUUUACUCUGCAGUAUGGGUUGCUGCUAUUUCCCUAUUCAUGGAGUUGUUGGGUUUCUCUACGCAAAAGUGGCUCACUGCUGGAGGUCUUGGGACAGUUCUGAUUACUCUUGCUGGCAGAGAGAUACUCACAAACUUCCUUUCAAGUGUUAUGAUUCAUGCAACUCGACCGUUUGUUGUGAACGAGUGGAUCCAAACCAAGAUUGAAGGUUAUGAAGUUUCUGGUACAGUUGAGCAUGUGGGUUGGUGGUCACCGACCAUCAUAAGGGGUGAAGACCGAGAAGCAGUUCAUAUCCCGAACCACAAGUUCACAGUCAAUGUUGUCAGAAAUCUUACCCAGAAAACUCACUGGCGUAUCAAAACUCACCUAGCCAUCAGCCACUUGGAUGUUAGCAAAAUAAAUAAUAUCGUAGCUGACAUGCGGAAGGUAUUGGCCAAGAACCCUCAAGUUGAGCAGCAGAGGUUGCAUAGACGAGUAUUCCUUGAUAAUGUUGACCCCGAGAACCAGGCCCUCUUGAUACUGAUCUCGUGUUUUGUGAAAACGUCUCACCACGAAGAAUACUUAUGUGUGAAGGAAGCCAUAAUGUUGGAUCUUCUUAGAGUCAUAAGCCACCACCGAGCACGUCUUGCUACACCAAUCCGUACAAUAAGAAAGAUGUAUUCUGACUCUGACUUGGAGAACCCACCCUUCGGAGAUUCGAUAUACAACCAAGGUGGUGUUUCGUCCAGACGGCCAUUGUUACUAAUCGAACCUUCUUACAAAAUCAACGGAGAAGACAGAUCAAAAUCUCAAAACCGGGCAUCAAAAUCUACUGGAGAGCAAGAAAGCAAGAGUUCAAGUUCCAAGACCAAAGAAGCUCUGAUUUCUGAUACCAACAGCAAGGUAACAGAUGAACCGGGAGCGAAACCAGCAACAAAAUCUAUCUCGAAACCAAAUCCGGUAAAAGAUUCAGAGACAUCCGGAGCUGAAAAAGCAAAGAUCAAAAGCAGUUUCGGCACGAAACCCACCAGGAACGAUGAACAACAACGUGAAACUGAGAAAGCAGAUGGGUUGCCGUCGGUGUCAAGAUCAUCAGCUCUCGAGGAGAAUAUCGUGCUUGGGGUUGCGUUAGAAGGCUCAAAGAGAACUCUCCCCAUCGAGGAAGAGAUGCAUUCACAUUCACCUUCUUCUGCCAUUGUAGCAGACGCCAAGGAACUGGCUGGAGCUCGAAGAAAUGGAAAUGGGUCUGCCACAGGUGACAAGGAGAAGAAAGAUGGGCAAGUCCAAGCAAAUACCGACGAGUAGUCUAAUGAAGUUACGGACGUAUUGUACUGAAUCAGAAAAUGCAAUGUAUAUUUCAUUACAGAUGAGAUGAUACAUUGAAACAGUUAAUGCUGCAAUGGCGAUGAUCAGACAGUAUGAAUUAGGUGUCAGGAUAUUGCCCAUACCAGUAUGGGUUUUGGCUUUCA